AUGACCCAGACCUCACCUGGAGGGCUCCAUACAGAAUCUCAGCUGAUCUGUUUCAAUUUGGAUAACUCUGUGAAGAUGAAGGAAGAAAUGAUGGCCAGAGAUACUGCCAACUUAGACUCACAGCCAGAGCGCUUUGGGCUACCUGGCUACCAAGUGGCUGAGGACCACCAAAAGGGGCCUGGGUUCUUGGGAGAGACAGCUGUUGAUCCCCCCAAGACAGAUCAGCCUCUGUCCGACACCAUGAAGAUGCAGAUCUGUAAGGAGUCCCUGCAGGAAGGAGACAGGGAGGCUGAUUUAAUGGCAAUCAGUGUGAGAAUGAAUGAAAGUGAGGCAAAUCAUCAGCUGGAGAGACCAGAGCAAGUGGUAUUCAACGGAGAAUCAUUGGAAGAGGACUUGUAUCGGUGUCCUGAGAUACCUGUAAAUCAGCAGGUAACUAAUCCUGGGGAAAUAUCGAGAAAAGCCCUUCUUUGUGUGGAAGGAUCAGGUUGUGCAAGAAGCUUCCAUGAGAGCUUUGACCCCUUGGAUUGUAAGAAAUUAGACCUGACAGACAAGUUGUACAAAUGCUCUUUUUGUGGAGAACAUUUCAAGCAGCGAUCCUACCUCAUCAGGCAUGAGAGGACCCACACAGGAGAAAAACCCUACAAAUGUUCAGUGUGUGGGAAAAGCUUCAGCCAGAGAUCUCACAUAAUUACGCAUGAGAGAACCCAUACAGGAGAGAAACCAUACAGGUGCUCAGACUGUGGGAAAAGCUUCAACCGCAGAGCAAACCUCAUGGCCCACGAAAGAACCCAUACAGGGGAGAAACCAUAUGAAUGUUCAGACUGUGGCAAAUGCUUCAGCCAGAGCUCAUGGCUGAUGGCGCAUAAAAUAAUCCACACUGGUGAGAAGCCCUACAAGUGUCAGGACUGUGGGAAGUGUUUCAAUCACCGGUCGAGCCUCAUUAAACAUGAGCGGUCCCAUUCGGAAGAGAAACCUUACGCUUGCUCAGAGUGCGGGAAGACUUUCAACGAGAGCUCUAAGCUUAUCAAGCAUCAAAGAAUCCACACAGGAGAAAAACCAUAUAAGUGUCCCCAGUGUGGAAAAAGCUUCUGCUUUAGAUCCAGCCUGAGUCAACAUGAGAGAACACACACGGGGGAGAAGCCAUACGAAUGCUGUGACUGUGGGAAAAGCUUCAGGCAGAAGUCACACCUGAUCAGGCACGAGAGGAUGCAUACUGGUGAGAAACCCUACAACUGCUCGGACUGCCGGAAAAGCUUCAGCCGGAGCUCAGCUCUCAUUGAACACAAAAGAAUCCACACGGGAGAGAAGCCAUACAAGUGCUCACACUGUGGGAAGAGUUUCAACCAACGCUCAUACAGUAUCAUCCAUGAGAGAAGCCACACAGGGGAGAAGCCAUAUAAAUGCUUAGACUGUGGGAAAAGCUUCAACCAGAGAUCGCACCUUGGGAUACAUGAGAGGACCCAUGUCAGCGAAAAACCUUAA